AUGGAGGUUGAGGUAUUUGUACGAUUGAAAUUUAGUUAUGAUAGUCUUAGUAGUGAUAAAGUUAAAUCUUGUUUCUUAUAUUGUUCCUUGUUUCUGGAAGAUUUUGAAAUUCCCAAACGUGGAUUGGUAGAUUAUUGGAUUUGUGAGAAUUUUGGUGAUCGCAAUGAGUCAUAUUCUAUAAUCGGUUCACUUGUUGGGGCAUGUUUAUUGGAAGAGCUACGCGAAUAUGUGAAAAUGCAUAAUGUGAUUCGCUACAUGGCUCUGUGGAUAGCAUGUAAAUGUGAAAAAGAAAAGCAUGAGUUUUUUGUGGAAGCGGGUGCCCAAUUAACUCAAGUACCAGAGGUUGGAAAAUGGGAACGAUUAAAACGGAUGUCCCUGAUGGCAAACUCCAUUGAGAGAAUCCAUGAAGUUCCUAGACGUCCUCAUCUUUUGACUUUAUUUCUCAGUUAUAAUUAUAGUUUGAGGCAGAUCAGUGAUGGUUUCUUUCAGUUUAUGGAUGCACUAAAUGUUCUGGACCUCUUCGGCACUGGUAUAAGGGAAUUGCCAAUGGGAAUAUCAAAAUUGAACUCAUUGCAAUAUCUUAAUCUGUCAGGGACGCUGACAAGGCAAUUGCCAAUUGAGUUGAAAAUGUUGGUAAAUCUGAAAUAUCUGAAAUUGGAGAAUACCAUCAAUCUAAAUAUGAUUCCAAGGGGAGUCAUAUCUAGUUUAUCAUCAUUGCAAGUUUUGGAAAUGUACAACGUUGGUAUUUUUGAGGUCCAAAAAGGGGAAGAUAAUUUAUUGAGGAAAGAUAAUAUGCUAAUAGAGGAGCUACAAUGUUUGGAACACUUGAAUGUAUUAAGCAUCACAAUAACAAGUGUCUCAGGUCUCCAGAGUUAUGUCAACACCCACACAUUACUCUACUGUACUCGAGCUCUAAGCCUUCGAUUGUUUCCAGGUCCACAAUCUCUCAACAUUUGGUGGUUAGCAAAUAUGAAGAAUCUAGGAUUUAUAUAUACAGUUGGUCGAAGUGAUUUAGGAGAGCCGGAUGUUGAUGUUGUAAUGGAAGAGAUAGAAACACAUGAUGAUGCAGGUGGAGGUCUAGGCAACUCAAUGAUCUCAAGGGAGACAUGCUUUAAUAGCCUUCAUACAUUGAUGUUAGGGAGAAACUUCAGAUUGACGGAUCUGACAUGGAUUAUUCUAGCUCCAAAUUUGACAUAUUUGUUUGUGGGCGAGAACAAGCAUAUAGAAGAGAUAAUAAGUGUUGAAAAGUUAGAUGAUGUUCAAGUUGGGGAUGAAAAAUUCAAUCCAUUUUUUAAACUCGAAUAUCUCAUCUUGGAUGAAUUACCAGAAUUGAAAAGCAUUUAUCCCAAAGCCUUGUCCUUUCCCUCUCUAAAACGAAUCGAAGUAUAUAAAUGCCCACAGCUUAAGAAGCUGCCAUUAAACUCAAGCAGCGCAAAUGGAGGCAAAAGUUAA